CUGCCAUUGCAACAUUGAUCCAAACUCAACAAGGAUUGACAGAUGCCCUCAACGUAGGAGGGAAUGCAAAUGCCAAUGCGAAUAUAGCACAACUUGUCCCUAAUAAUAAUAACAACAUCCCAAAGAUUAGUAUUAGAAUCCCAAAUUACAAGGGCAAACUACAAGAGAACGUUGUUGCCUGGCUACUCCAGAUUCAAAGUAUCUUUUGCAUACAAGGAAUCAAUGGUGAUGAUACUCAGAUACAUUAUGCGGCCACAGG